UCCCAGGGUGCACCUCGGCCAAACACCAUGCUGCCUCUCAAGAACCGCCAGCAGAGACUUUAAAUGUCGUGCUCAAACAAUCCAUUUACAGUGAUGCAGACCUUUAUCACCUUCGUGCUACUUUUCGGGGCGGUUGCGACGACCUCAAACCCCAAAGUGUCCCUUUCCUCCCACGGUUCCUAUGAGAACUACUUCACCGCAAUAUGGCACAACAGGCUCUACUUGUACACAGCUGCUGCACUUGCCUUUGGACUCUGGUUCUUACUCAAGAUGGUUCUGAAGAAGGAAAGCCUCUCAAACGAUGUCGGCCUCUUGGGUGUCCACAACGCUGUGAAGAAAGACGACCAUUGCGAAGGAUAUGCUAAGCGGAACGUGUCUGGUGUCAAAGUCUUCUUUGGCUCUCAGACUGGAACAGCAAAAAGCUUUGCCAAAGAUCUAUGUGAGGAUGUUAGGAGUUUGGGCCUUCCGGCUGAGGAAAUCGACUUGAAGGUGUACGAUCCAGAUGAUCAACUGGCUGACGAGUGCACCAGUAAGUCGGUGUGUGUAUUCCUGGUGGCCACGUACACAGACGGGCAGCCCACCGAUAACGCCGAGUGGUUCUGCAAGUGGUUGGAGGAAGCGUCAAUGGAUUUCCGAUACGGGAAGACGUACCUGAAAGGCCUUCGAUACGCAGUGUUUGGGCUGGGCAACUCUGUCUACGUGGGCCACUACAACACGGUGGGCAAAAACGUGGACAAGUGGCUGUGGAUGCUUAGCGGCGCUCGCAUCAUGACCCGGGGAGAAGGCGACGCUAACGUGGUGAAGAGCGCCAACGGCAGCGUCCAGGCUGACUUUCUGGCCUGGAAGGUCAAGUUUAUGAAGCGACUGCAGGCUCUUUGCGAGGACGAGAUAAAGAACUGCUGUGGGAAGAGCAAGACUUCCUGUCUGAAGACACAAGAACACGAAGCGGAGGAAGAGAACUCCAAUCCGGAUAAUAACGGCUCUGAGGAGGAGCUGCUGGAGUCCAGCAGUGAUGAGGAGGGCUCGUCCCCCUCUGCGUCCAUGCUGGACGUGGAGGACCUGGGCAGCAUGAUGAGCGGCGUCAAACGAGCCAAGCAGAGCCGAGAAGACGACUGGAUGGUGAAGCGGUCCAAAAAUGGUGUGAGGAAGAUUGAAAAGGAAGAGGAGAGACGCGAGAUGAUCACCCCCGCCCUCAGAGAAGCCCUAACCAAACAAGGUUACAAGCUGAUCGGCAGUCACUCGGGGGUGAAACUUUGCCGAUGGACCAAGUCCAUGUUGCGAGGACGGGGAGGCUGCUACAAGCACACCUUCUACGGCAUCGAGUCUCACCGCUGCAUGGAGACCACCCCCAGCCUGGCCUGCGCCAACAAGUGCGUCUUCUGCUGGAGACACCACACCAACCCGGUGGGCACCGAGUGGCGCUGGAAGAUGGACCCCGCUGAGAAGAUCCUGCAGGAUGCGCUGGAGAAGCACCAGAACAUGAUCCGACAGUUUAGAGGUGUUCCCGGAGUGAAGGCAGAGCGCUACGAGGAGGGCCUGUCGGUACAGCACUGUGCUCUGUCGCUGGUGGGGGAGCCAAUCAUGUACCCUGAAAUCAAUGACUUUGUCCGCCUCCUCCAUUCCCGCCACAUCUCCAGCUUUCUGGUCACCAACGCUCAAUUCCCCGAGGAAAUCAGGAACCUGGUGCCAGUCACCCAGUUAUACGUGAGUGUGGACGCCAGCACCAAGGACAGCCUAAAGAAGAUUGACAGGCCGCUCUUCAAGGACUUCUGGAGUCGCUUCCUGGACAGCCUUAAGGCCUUGGGAGAGAAGAGGCAGAGGACGGUCUACAGGCUGACGCUGGUGAAGGCGUGGAACGUGGAGGAGAUGCAGGCCUACUCCGAGCUCAUCGCGUUGGGACAGCCAGACUUCAUCGAGGUCAAGGGCGUGACGUACUGCGGUGAAAGCUCGGCCAGCAGCCUGACCAUGGCCAACGUCCCGUGGCACCAGGAAGUGGUCUCCUUCGUCCAGCAGCUGGCCGACAUGCUGCCUCAGUAUGAGAUCGCCUGCGAGCACGAGCACUCCAACUGCCUGCUCAUUGCGCACACCAAGUUCAAGAACGAUGGCGAGUGGUGGACGUGGAUCGACUACGAGCGCUUCCAGGACCUGGUCCGGGCUCACGAAGAGAGUGGGGGCCAUAGAAGCUUCUCCUCAAUGGACUACAUGGCCCGGACCCCCGCCUGGGCUCUGUUCGGAGCCCACGAGCAGGGUUUCGACCCGGUCGAGACUCGCUUUCAGAGGCGCAACAAAACCAAAGACCUGUCUGGAUGCUGAUUGGUCCACUUGGACUUGCCUUUUUCAAAUUUUUAUUUGGCCACACUCUUAUUUUGAAGCCAUUCCCUGUUUGUUUGUUUAUUUUAUACAAAUUAAUAGAGAGGGUUUAAUCCAGCGAGCGCCUGAUGCUUUUGAUGCUUGUUGAUUAAAUUGAUCCUCUCAGCAGGUUCAUUAGCGGCCCCAUGAUGAUUUGAUCUUGGAUGAGCUUCCCACAAUCCUUUGCUCCUAAACACCGUAUGCCACGGUGCCUGACACAACACAUGAAAUUGUUUUAUGACGUUGCUAAAUGGACCCCAGGCUCACACUGAAUCCAUCAUGGCUCUGUUGAUCCCUAACAACAAUAUGAUGUAAUUCAAUGCUAUUUCAUAAUAAUAAAUCUGAAAAAUGUACAUUUUUGUACUUACUCAUUGUAUGAAGUCAAAAGGAAAUUUUAAAAAAGACAAAAAGUGAGUGGGCGGACCGGACCGGACCGAUUUAUUGUGAGCCCGGGCUGGACUUUCUGACUCAGUGAUGCUGCUGAUGUUUCUCAUUUUUACAGGAGGUCAACCUUUUACUGUAUCCACUAGCCAAUACGUUGAAUUCAUAGUCAUCCGUCCGCCACAGAUUUCGACGAUAUAGGUAUAUUUGGCUCAUGUGUUUGUGUACAUUAAGUGUUGACUGUUAACAUUCUCAUUUGAUGCGACUUUAUUACAGCAUAGGAUCCUGAUUGUUUUCAUUGAUGCUUGGAUGGUUUGUGUUUGAUUAUAAUACAAAUAUCAGUUUCUA